AUGGUCUUGUCUACAGCAGCUAGACUUGAGUUGGAUUGGUGGAUAAAUAAUAUAACUAGUGCAUAUCAGGUUAUUUCACAUGGUCAACCAUCAAUCCAAAUAACUACAGAUGCCUCCCUACGGGGAUGGGGGGCAGAAUGUGAAGGUGUGUCAACAGGGGGACCAUGGGCCCUUGAGGAAGCCCAACAACACAUUAACAGACUAGAAUUGUUGGCCUCCUUUUUGGGCCUGAAAGCCUUUGCGCGAGAGAGGAGCAAUGUGCACAUCAGACUCAGGUUAGAUAACACCACAGCUGUGAGUGUGAUCAAUCACAUGGGCACUAGCCACUCUCAGGCAUGUAAUACUAUAGGAAAGAACAUUUGGGAAUGGUGCAUAGAUAGACACAUUUGGAUUAGUGCUGCAUACCUACCUGGGAAACUUAAUACUACAGCAGAUGCUGAGUCUAGGAACUUUGAUGUUCAUUUGGAAUGGAUGCUUGAUAAUAAUAUUUUAAGAGAGUCUCUCAAGACCUUGCACUUUGAGCCUGAGAUUGACCUGUUUGCAUCCAGACUGAACAACCAGUUUCCCAGGUAUGCAGCAUAUAAACCUGAUCCCAAUGCGGAGAUAAUCGAUGCAUUUACAAUGCAAUGGGGAUCACUAAAGUUUUAUGCAUUUCCUCCUUUCAGUGUAAUUCCUUUAGUUCUAAGCAAAAUGUGCAAAGAAAAAGCGGAGGGAAUAGUAGUCAUUCCAGAUUGGCCCACUCAGAGCUGGUAUCCGAAGGCAAUGCAGAUGCUGCAGAGACCUCCAGUGCACCUGAAAGCACGAAAAAGUCUGCUUCACCUACCAGGUCAGCCAAACCAAGUACAUCCUUUACACCACAAACUCAAUCUACUGGUGUGCCUCUUAUUAGGGAGGCUCUAAAUCAGUAUAAUUUAUCAGAGAAUGCUAAAAAUAUAUUAAUGGCGUCAUGGAGAACAGGCACAACGAAGCAGUAUAAGACAUAUCUUACUAAAUGGCAAUCCCACUGCAAAGUAAACGGGUUGGACAUAUUCAAACCAGGCUUAGAAAAAGCCAUAGAUUUUUUGAGUUAUUUGUUUCAAGAAGGUUUAAGUUAUAGCGGAGUAAAUACUGCUCGCUCGGCACUAUCAACAAUCUUAGGAUUAGAGGAUGGAUUUAAAUUUGGUGAACACCCACUGGUUUGCCGAUUUAUGAAGGGAGUUUUUGAACUUAAACCCGCCUUGCCCAAGUACAAGGAAGUUUGGCAAGUAAGCACCGUUUUAGACUACCUCAAAACAACCAAACCAGCGAGCCAGUUAAACCUCAAAAAUCUUUCACAAAAACUUGCGAUGCUAUUAUGCCUCACAACAGCCCAACGAUGUCAGACUAUCCACCUCAUAGACAUUAAUGGCUUACAAGCUUUGCAGGGAAAAUUCCGUUUAACAAUCACACACAAGCUAAAACAAACCAAACCUGGAAGACAUAUUGAUCCUAUCGAAUUGAUGGAGUUUAAAGGUGAUGAAAAACUCUGUGUUGUUGAGCAUCUAAAAGAAUAUUUGAAACGAACACAGCAGUUGAGGGGUGAACAUACUCAAUUAUUUUUAAGCUUUAUCAAACCUUAUCAUCCGGUAACUAAAGAUAGUAUUUCUCGGUGGGUUAAAUCUGUCUUACAACAAGCUGGUGUAGAUGUCACCAAAUACACAGCACACAGUAGCAGAGCAGCAACAACUUCACAUACCAAACGAAAAGGACUGAGUCUACAAGACAUUAUGAAAACUACUGGCUGGACAUCUGCCACAACGUUUGAAAAAUUUUAUCAUAAACCCGCCGAAACGUCAAAAACCUUUGGACAAACAGUAAUGAGUGAGGAUUAA